AUGCGGCAUGGGGACAUGAUCGUGCUGAACACCACGGACAUCUUCCAGGCCGGGCCGGUGGUCUCCACCGGCAAGCUGCAGGGCAGGGUGAUGGCGAAGGCGUGGCUGGCCCUCCGGCGCGCCGCGGAGCUCUUCCCCUGGGCGACGCACUUCGGGAAGUGCGACAUCGACACCUUCCCCUUCGUGCGCACGAUCGUCGACGACCUCCUGGACCCGGACAGGGUGGGGCGCCAGCGGAAGACGCUCAAGCCCGCAGACUGGAGCGAGGCGAACGGCGGGCUGCCCGACCUAACACCAUGGGAACGUCCAGGGCACUCUCAAGACAGGAGGCGACGCCUUCCACGAGAACGCCUUCCAGCAGGGGCAGUUCUACGCGCUGUCCGCCGGCCUGUUCCGGUGCCUGCUGACGCUCCCCCCGUCCAGGCGAGGGGCCCCCUAUCCCACGCCAGGCUGCAUGAACGCGCGCGGCGAGGACUCGAUGAUCGGCUGCUUCGUGCGGCUCGUGACUCGGCUCACUGCCGCGGAGGCCGCGUCGCGCGGGCUGCAGCGGUGCCCGGAGGCGUUCUGGGUCGACUUGCCGUUCCCACAGAGGAGGUGGCGGACGUGCAAGGCCGACAGCGCCGUGCAGGGGCCGCAGCACCUCCGCGAGAUCGCCUCGGCGGUCCGCUGGCCAGGAGACGAG